AUGACUUACAAUCGUAUCGCUGUCUAUGGACACCGGGGCUGGGUUAGCUCUACUAUCUUCGCCGCCCUCGUACAGUCUGGAGCCCCUAUCAAGGUUCUCUAUCGACCCAGCUCCGACGUGAGUGAUCUUCCUGAAGGUAUCACCUCGGUCAAGGUAGAUGUGGAAGACCAACAGGCGCUUGAAGCCGCGUUACAGGAUGUUGACAUUGUAAUCUCGCUGGUUGGUCAAGAAGGCGUUGCGCGUCAACAUGGAUUUGUGAAAGCUAUACCUCACACCAAUGUCAAGCUUUUCGUGCCCUCAGAUCUGGCGUUCCGCUGCGAUGAACAGGGACUACGAGUUCCAGUGAACAAAGUGAAAUUCGAAGUCGAGAUUGCCGCCAAGAAUGCUGGCAUCCCGACCACUAUUAUUUUGCCAGGCUAUUUCGCGGAGUCUUCUCUGAGUUCGUUCCUGAUUGGAGUUGAUCUUCCCGGGAAUCGCAUUGUCUUCACUGGGGACAGCGAACACCAGAUUGUGAACAUUUGCACAAGAGAAUACGUUGCAGCCGCAUACGCGGCGAUCUUCGCCCAAACGCCCAUCUCCCAACUCCAGGACACUGUCAUCGGCCUAUCAGAGCUGCGCGUCACAGGACAGGAUGUUGCGAAAGCACUGGAAAGGAAGCAUAAUGCUCCCCCUACGGUAUUCCGACACAGUCUAAAGGAAGCGGAUCGUCAAAUGCAAAUCCGUUUGGACCAAGGUCGACCUCUCGCGCUGGCAUGGUAUUGUCGGAGAGUCUGGGGUUCGGGUGAGGUGCAGAACGUGAUCGGAUCUAAUAUCUGGGAAAUACCAGGGUACCAGAAAAAGACCUUGAAGGACUUGAUUGAGGACGGGGAAUUAGUUGCCUAUCGUAAAGCAACGCCGGAGUUGAAGGCCGCUCUGGAGCAGACAUUUUAUUGA